AUGGCAUUCCCAACCCUUUUCCCAUCUGGAGUUGCACUUCCACUGCAGCCAUGUAUCAAGCAUGUUCAUUUACAUGAAUAUGCUCUCCACUUACUGAGAUAUGCUGAUCAAAGAUUUGGGCAGCAUGUUAGAUUCCGGUAUUAUAUUUACAAUCUAAUUAUGAGACAUCGUUCGCAACAAUCUGCAGCUAUCUUCAUUAGAACUAAUUUGGGAGAGUCUUUCCCAACCACUAUCGAAGCACUUCAUGAACGAUUGCAAAACACUCCUAAUGAUCAAUUGCCUAAUCAAUUGUUGCGUUUUGGUGCAACACUUCGAGGCACCCGUGCAUAUUGGCAUAAAUCUAGAAAAGAGUUUACUGCAAUGCUCUUCCAAUUGGGGCCCCCAACACUGUUCUUUACGUUAAGUUCAGCUGAUACCAAAUGGCCUGAUUUGCAUAGGCUUUUCUCUGAAAAUGAUGGCCAAACCACACAGUUUACAAGAAAACAACUUACAGACCAUGUGAUCUGCAAUCCACAUAUAACAGCAUUAUACCUUCACAACAGAUUUACAAUAUUUCGUGAAGAAGUUAUUCAAAAGUUGUUCCAAGCAAAGGAUCAUUGGUAUAGGUAUGAAUGGCAACAUCGAGGCUCAGGACAUAUUCAUGGCUUCUUAUGGCUCCCUAGAGCACCAAAUAUGGAGACCAUUAAUUGGACAGAUGAUAAUGAGGUGCAAAUGGCAAAAACUUUCUUCGACCAAUAUGUUUCUACUUGGAAUCCUCGCAUUGCAGCAGACCGCAUGAAUGCAAUGCACUACACUGCAAUGGAUGACCCUUGCCUAGCUGAUACAAAAAAAAUCUUCACCAUGGACGCUGCAUUGGAUUAUGAAGCAUUGCUUAAUACUUUACAGAGACACACAAAAUGUACAGAACAUACAUGCCUCAAGAAAAAAGGUCCCACAUUUGAAUGUCGUUACAAAGCUCCAUGGGUUCAACAAGAGAUGUCUACGUUGACAGUUGACAAUGACAACAACCCAUGCUAUAAACCUGCAAGGAAUGAUGAUCGUUUGAAUAUUCAUAAUCCUUGGAUGCUUUCACUAUGGAGAGCUAAUAUUGAUUGUCAACCAGUCACUUCAAAAAAAGCUUUCCUCCAAUACAUUUCAAAGUAUGCUUCAAAAUCAGAAAACAAAUCGCAAUCCUAUAUUGAAAUGCUGAAAACAAUAUUGAAUACAAGUAAAUCUGAAGAUAGCAUUUUAUUAACAUAUUAG